CACGCUCGAGUAUACAGCUACAGCGAUGGGAACGAGACGUACACGUUCGUUCCCGCCGAGCCGGUGGGAGCUCGCUCUCUCACUAUCUACCGCAACUCAGGGGAUAUCGUGCUCAAUGCUCCCAAUACACCACUUCCUGUCACGUCUGAACGCUCCCCGAAGACCAUAUACGGCAUAUAUGGGAUGAUAUCGCUUGCAAUGUCGGACUACAUCAUUGUCAUUACCGGGCGGGAGCUUCGGGGACACAUUAUGCGGCAGAACAUCUACCGGGCUACCGAGUACGACAUCCUCCCGCUGAACCCCGACGUGUCCGUGCAUACACCGCCCAAUGCUGUCGAAACCCACCUCUUGGCACUCGUGCGCUCGCAUUUGCAGGGCGGUAGCUUCUACUUCAGCUACGCGUGGGACAUUACCCGGAGAUUGCAGGCGCAGUGGACCACUAUCCAGCAGGACGGGGACAAGGCACUUUGGGAGAUUGCAGAUGAUAGAUUCUUCUGGAACAAGUUCCUGCACAGUAGAUUCAUAGACAUCACAUCCACCACCGCCGACCAGAAUCUGAGCGCAUACAUCCUCCCGGUCAUAUACGGCACAUUUGAUAUUCGUCCCGUCAGCGUUGGUAUCCACCCACUUCGCCUCUGCCUGAUCAGCCGGCGGUCUCGCUACCGGGCGGGCACGCGGUACUUCCGGCGCGGAAUCGACUCUGAAGGCCACGUCGCAAACUUCAACGAGACGGAGCAGAUAUGCCUAGUCGGUGGUGAUGACUCCGGCACACAGCUCAGCUUCGUGCAGAUUCGUGGCAGUAUCCCUGUUUAUUGGGCGGAGAUUAACACUCUGCGGUACAAGCCCGACGUCCAAAUCAUGGAGCUGCAGGACACGGUUGACGCAAUGCGGGCGCAUCUGCAAGAGAACGAAACCCUCUACGGCCGGCAUACGUUGGUGAACUUGGUGAAUCACAAGGGUCACGAACAACCUGUGAAAGAGGCCUUCGAGAAAUACUUCGAGCAGGCGGGGUCGUCGAAGAGCCGGUACGAGUACUUCGACUUCCACAACGAGUGCAAGAACAUGCGGUGGGACCGGAUCAGCGUCCUCCUCUCGAAGCUCGAAGACGAACUUGAGCAGUACGGGUACUUCCACCUUGAAUCCAACAAGCCUGAGCCGUUGAGACUACAGACCGGCGUUGUGCGGACCAACUGCAUGGACAACUUGGACCGAACGAAUGUCGCACAGGCUGCCAUCGCCAAAUAUACGUUGAACAGGCAACUGAGGGCACUCGGGGUCAUCCAGCCGAACGAUUCCGUGGAUAAUUAUGACGAUCUCAUCAGAGACUUCCGCGAGAUGUGGACGGAUCACGCCAACUUCAUCUCAUUAGCCUACAGCGGCACAGGGGCACUGAAGACCGACUUCACACGUACCGGGAAGCGGACCCGAAAGGGCUUGUUCGAGGAUGGCUACAAUUCCGUGAUGCGGUAUCUCAAAAAUAACUUCCUCGACGGCGCUCGACAGGAUGCAUUUGACCUGAUGACCGGCGCGUGGUUCCCUCGCAGGGGGUGGAACCCCGCCACGCUGGUUAUCGACAGCAGGCCGCUCAUCAUCCGCGCGCCCCCCUACAUCCUGUUCUUCUCGCUAUUUAUGAUCUGUGCCGGCCUGACCCUGCCGCGCACGUCCGACUACUCGCUCUUCUACUACUUCCUGCUCUGGUUCACCGUCGCCAUCGUCUCGCUCGCGUUCAUCUUCGUGCACGGCAUUGACUACGUGAACUGGCCGCGUCUCCAGCCUCUCACCGACAUCAUCUACUACGACGGCCCCGGCUUCCGCUCAGCACGCAAGGGCACGGGGCUCGGGCUACCGGCGGUGGAGAAGCUCAAGGAGGGCGCGACCGAGCGGGCGAAGGCUAUCGCUGAGCAGCACCGGCGGGUGAAGAGCAAGCGGCUCGAGGAGAUCGAGAUGGGCACCAAGCGGGUCGACUGAACGCAUUCUUGACGUCUUGCUUGUUGAUAGGGACUCCGCGGCUGCGCCUUCGACUGCUGCUCGUGAUGCAUACGACUCGGUACUCUAUGUAUUUAUGGUAAUGCAUGACAUGUUUACGAC